AUGGAUCUCGGACGUCGAUCAUUUAUGGACACGAUCGCCUGCCCCUCCGGGCAUGGCAUCCGAUCCUUCGGUCGAUCCAAUUUCCAUUUCGUCCCAUUGGCCCCACUGCAUCCAAUUCCAACUACUCGCUCGCUCACAAAGGUCUGCCAACUAGGCGGCACACCACUUCCCCACUGCCAUACGGAUUACUGGAAGGGCCCCCGGGAGGUCCACCAUGGGAAUCUCCAUAGCCACCGCCGCCCGCACCGCCAGCGCCUCCCGGACCCGGACCAUGUCCACCGCCUCCACCCAUAUGGUGUUGGGUGGGACUCGUUUGGCCUUGACCAUGUCCAUGUCCAGGCGGACCAGGCGGGCCUUGAGCAGGAUGACCGUGAUAUUGCUGAGAAGGGUGUCCAGGAUGGGGCGGAGGAGGACCAUAUAAAUCAUGUGUCGAAUGAGGAUGAGAGUGAUGGGAUAGAUCCCCUGGUCCGUGAGGCGGUCCUGCAGGCGCAUAGGGUGCGCCCGCAGGCACUUCAGCUAAAUGAUGAGGGCCUGUUGGUCCGCCUGGUCCUGGAUGAGCACUGGGAUGAGGAUGGUGGUGCGAAGGAUGAGGGAGGUGAGGCGAAGUUGGCGAGAGGGAUGGAUUACGAUGGUCUCUUGGAGGACCACCGUUCGCUGAGGGACCAGGGUUUGGAUGGGAUGACAGUGACGAAGAACCAGUUCCGCGACGAGGACGCUUCGCAUCGGGAACGGAGGGAGUAG